AUGGGCAACACAUCAUCCCCAGCUCCAGAUGAGCAUCCACAUGUAAAACCAGCUCAUAUCCACCACUCACCGGUUACUCACGCCUUCCCGCGGUUACCUCAAGCCAUCGCCCACCGAGGGUUCAAAGGCCAAUAUCCCGAGAAUACUUUACUAUCAAUCGACGGAGCGAUUCGAGCAGGAGCUCAAGCCCUCGAGCUCGACCUUCACACCUCCCGCGAUGGGAUCGUGGUGUUAUCACAUGACGCAAGUCUCAUGCGCUGUUACGGUAUCAAGAAGAAGGUCAUCGACUGCGACUGGGAGUAUUUGAAAACACUACGAACUCUACAAGCCCCCCAUGAACCGAUGCCCCGGUUGAUUGAUGUAUUGGAAUACCUAAGUCAACCAGGCCGGGAGAAUUUCUGGAUCUUGCUAGACAUUAAGCUCGCAAACGAACCCUUCGAUAUAAUGGAACGAAUCGCCAAAACUAUCGAGUCGGUACCCAUACCCGCAAUCGGAAGAGAAUGGCACCGAAGAAUCGUUCUUGGCUGCUGGUCUGCACGGUACCUACCAGCACGAGCACAGCAUCUACCACCAUACCCAGUGACGCUAGUCUGUGUUGACGUGAGCUAUGCGCGCCAGUUCCUCCAAGUACCACUUGUAUCGUUCAAUAUCAACCAGAUGAUCCUGAUGGGCCCGCUAGGGCGAGGGUUUUUAGACGAGGUGCGCGCUGCCGGACGGCUUGUGUAUGUUUGGACUGUAAAUGCGCCGAACCUGAUGCGUUGGUGCAUCCGACACGAGAUCGACGGUGUGAUAUCCGACGAGCCGGGACGAUUCCGGCAGGUCUGCGAGGGAUGGCAGAAGGAACAUACUGGUGUAUUGGGUAUUCCGAAUCCCAAUUUAGAUCGGAUCCCGCUGGGACAACGGGUUGAGAUUAUUGCUGUGGCGCUCUAUGUCAUUUGCUUUGGGUGGAUCUUGAAGCGGAUGUAUCUUGCUCCGGUCGAGAGACUAGAAUUCGAGGAACGAAAGUCGAAAUAG